AUGUCUCUCGAAGAACUGAUUCGGGCUCUCGAAGUCAUCCAUAGUCCAACGUCGACAAAUGAACUUCGCAAAGAAGCUCUCACUUUCGUUGAGUCGUUCAAAGACGACGCAGGGGCGGCUCGGAAUGGAUUCUUGCUGGCAUCGCGUACCGAUAACGCCCCCGUGGUGCGAUAUUUCGGUCUCACUCUUAUGGAUCAUGCCUUGCGCCAUCUUUCCCUCACCGACUCUGAACAAAUCGCGGCAAUUCGAGGCAUGAUCUUGGAGCUGGCCGAGCACAUUUACCCCGAGGACCCGAAUUAUUUCCGCAACAAAAUCCCCCAGCUGUUGGCCGAGGCAGCCAAGAAGAGCUGGGGUCUGGAUUGGAUGGAUAUGGACACGACGCUGGUCAAGUUCUGGGGUAUGACUGUGUACCAUAAUGAGCUCGUGCUUUCUCUUUUGGAGACACUCUCCGAGGACGUGUUCUUCCGCGAGGAUACAGUCUCGUCGCUGCGUGGCUCUGAGCUGAACCGCGCGCUCGUGGAAAUUUUCACUCCGUCUGCGAUCGUUGAACAAAUCCACCCCGACACGAAGACCAAUACAAUGCUACGGUGCGGGCAAGAGGGUUGGCUCGUUCGAAUCUCCGAAUUUUUGAUCUAUUGUGUUGAGAAUUUGGGGAAUUCGCAGGUUGCCAAGCCCGCUGCUCUCAAGGCCCUGAAGACCUUGAGAAGCGCGCUGUCAUGGUCGGUGUACCAAGCCGUCACCGCUUCCCAGGUCGUGUCAAGCAUAUUUAGGUCGCUGACCUGCCAGGAUGAGCAAAUUUUGCUUGCCGCCGUCGAGGCCCUGCACGCUCUUUACGGCCGGAACAACAUGGGAAAUGAAGAUUCUCAUGGUCUUGUCUGUCUCAUCUUCGAGCCCGAUUAUCUGAUUACUCUCCAAAAUCUGUACCAGUGGUCCAUUGUGAGCCCCGAAGAUGUCGACGAGCCCAAGUAUCUCGUUUCCAAGAAGCUCUCCGAGAUGGUAUCGUACAUCGCCGCGUGCUUAGAAGACAAGCAGUUCUUACAAGACACCAUGAAUCGCCUCGACCUCCCGCGAUUCUUCAAUUUCAUGGUCAACAUCAUGCAGCAUCAGAGUUUGACUGUGUCCAUUCCUGCUCUGCAUCUUUGGUCAAAACUCCUGUCUAUCACGAAGAUCGCAAUGUCGGAAUUUGUCCUGGAGCUCACGCCUAGCCUUUUGAACAUCUGCACCCAACGUUUAAUACGCUGGGAAUCUCUCCCGGCUGAUUCAGAUGAUCCUACCGUCCAAUUUCUGGUCGAGGACAUCGACACUCUUCCAGAGAGACAUGCGUUUGUGGGCAACUACCGCCGGUACUGCUCUUCCAUUAUCGAGUCCGUCACCAGGAUCCGGCCAGAGGCGGUCCGUGACAUUCUGAACCAAGUCGAUGAGAACCUGAACAAUCUGUACAGUGGGCUGGAACCCUUUACAAUUCAAACAUUCAACAAGUCUGCCAUUUCAAUUAUGCGAGCCGAUGCUCAAUUUGCAGUAGUUGAGGCCGUGAUCAAGAGCUUCCACAAGUGGGAGGCUCAGCAAGACGUGAGUCACCUCCUAACUGUUGACGACUUUUCAUUUUACUCACCAAUGCAGGUGCAGGAAAUCUAUGAGUCUCUAGUGUUCGACAUGGGAAUCUGGGCCCAGGGUCUGAUGACAAGGAACUUUGAGGAUCCGGUUCUGAAACAGCGAGUCGUUAAACUUUUGGUGGACAUCUCCUUCAAGGCGUUGAAUAGGCAGCCUGACUUUGCCCUCAGGGUUCUGGAGCACAUCCUCAUGACACGGCUUCCCGAUCAGCCUGAUUACCCUGCCUAUGCAGAGGCUGUCAAAGAACUCCAUGGUCUCGCUAGCCAUGAACUGCGUCGUCUAGCCAUGCGCUAUGCAGACCAUUUCUCGACUUUCUACGACUCGCUGGAGCCAAAGAUUCAAGAAAUCACGAAUGUCAACAAAGUGGAUGACAAGCUGCAGAUGGAAUUGACUUCCAGCUUGAUGAUCAUCAUGCAACGCGCGACCAAUGUUGACCCGAAUCUGCGUCAGCAACGGCUAGCUGCAUUCCUUGAGCCUGUUCGCCAGGCUUGGCAAGAUGACAGUUUCCGACAGGCCAGCUCGUCUUUUGACGGAUUCUGUAAGAUGCUUGGGCUCGAGAACGUCGGCUCGUACAUGCAGGCAAAGCAAGCUCAAAAUUUUGCCGACUGGUCGGAAGUUGCUCUGGACAAUGAGGGAAAGGUCAUCCAAGAACAAAUGACCACCAAGUUCCAGGCAUGGACUUUUUCUUUCCAGGUUAUGUUACCAUUGCGGGGCACGAAAACCAUGAUGUCAGUCUCGGUGGAUAAGCUGAAGGCUUCCGACGCUGCCUAUCCAAUUGCUUGUGAUAUGUGGCGUGAUCUCAUCCCCCAGAUACUUCCGACUCUCCUUCAACUUGUCAGCCACGCGCAUGCUUUCCAUAAUCCCGCCAACUGGGCCGUCAGCAAUGAGAUGCGGGCUGUUGUCGAGCGGAUUUUGACUGACCGAUUCUGGCAAGCCGGCAUUUCAAGCGGGAGCCGUGACGAUUUUUAUGCUCGAAUCACGGCAUCGAAGGCGACCUUAGAGGGGUUUGCCUCUUCGGUCCGCGGUAAGAUCAGAGGAGUCCGCGAAUCAUGCUAUUCCAUGCUGUACAGCAUGAGCAGAAUGCGUGAUCAUUUUUACGGCUUCGCUGAGCUUCCUGGACCUCUGUCAGAAGCUCUUUUCAAGGACUCCGAGCAUCUUUCCUCUCACCAAUUUUCGGUCUUACUCAACGUCUCCCGCUACUUGAUCGACGAUUGCCCCGUGCAGUACCGCGGUCAAUAUCUUCCUCCCAUGCUCGCAACUUUGUUCGGAAGUAUUGACCGCAAAAUUACCAGCGAAUGGCAAUUGAUUGAGCAGAGAAAGAAUGGCAUUUCGGAUGGUGAUCUUACCGACGAGAUGAAAUCCGAAAGUGUACUACGCCAACUGACCUAUUCCGCUGUCCUCAUGGCCGCCAGUUUGCUCGAUCCCCAAAGAGGAGGUGAGGAAUGCGCAUCUCGCCACCGAGAAUAUCCAAGUCUAAAAAUGUAUCCAAGUCUAACGUACCUUUUUGCCCAAGAUCCAUACAGGAACGAGGCUGAGCCUAACACACCUCAAUCGAUGCCCUCGCCUGACGACUCGAUUCGAAAUUUCGUUCUUUCGUCCCCCGAAAUCUUCGAACCAGUCAUGCUCUUUUGUACGCAUGCACUCAGCAUGCGCGACACACGAUGCUGCAGCAUAAUCACCCGUUUCAUCUGCACAGAGGUCCUGAAGGCGGGCAUCACAUCAGUCCAUGAGCCCUACUUCGUCGAUAUGCAGAAAGACCUGGCCCAGCUUAUUGCGUCUAUCUGGGUGCUUUACGGAUACGCCAGUGAAACACCUCGGUCCGUUCUCCUGAGUCUGCCCGGCAUCUCAGAAUCUCAGGUCGCCCAAACUGAAGACGCUCUACGACGUUCUUCUGCUCCUCGUCAGCAACGCGCUCUGGUCCUUGAUCUCCUGGAACCUCUUCGUGGUAUUAGCAUCACCGAACAAGGCAAAAUCAUGAAGUCUCGCGAGGAACGACGCAAGUUUCUCACGGCCCUCCAAGAGAAGUACCGGGCGUUGCCGAUGGAAACUGAGAACGAGAAUCACCGUGUCGAUAUCAAUGAUGGCCCAGAUCUGUCUGGGGUCGCCGACAUGUUUGGUUGA